GUGGGGCGAGAGCUGGAAGACUCCCAGUUCGAGCGCUGCCGCGAGAACUUCGCCGCCUGCGGCCUGGACUUUUCCGGCGUGUGCCAGGGCGACGCGCUGGAGCCGGGUGCGUUCUCGGAGAUACCCGACGGCGGGGCCGACGCCGUCCUCUGCGACCUGCCCAGCGGCUCCCUGUGGCGGGCCAGCUCUGACGAGACCGCGUACUCCGCCUUUGUCGCUGAGGCGGCGCGGAUGCUGCGGCCAGGGGGGCGAUGCGUGCUGCUGUCCAGCAACAGGCUGGGGCUGGCGAGGGCGGUGCCGGCGGGCCUGUGGGAGGCCGUCGCCAGCUGGCCGGUGGGCAGGGGCAAGGGCAACCUCACCACCAGGCAACUGCAACAUCACCACCAGGCGUUCUCGUAUCAGAGCUCGGCCUGCGGGCUCGUGGUCCUGGAGCGGACUUGGUCGGGCCUCGGCGUCGGGGACGGCGGGCGCGCGCCGCCCCUGGCGGAGCUGGCCGCGGAGGCCGAGGAGGGCGCGCGCGGCCGGUUUCUGGGCUUGUUGGGCUGCAAGGCUGGCGCAGAGCUUCUGCCUACUCAGGCGACGUCGGCGACCGCCAGCAUGAACUGCCACCGAGGUGCCAGGGUGUGGGAGCGGUGA